AUGGCAAUGGAAGAAACAAAACUAGAUCUAGAUGUGGAUUUCGGAGAUCGAGGACGAACUAGAGAAAGGCUUUUUUCGAGCCACCAUUGGACUGGUAAGCCUUCAAAAGGCGUUGCUAUCAGACAGCACAACAAGCCGACACCAACUAUCAUAAGCAACACAUUGACAAGUGAACAAAUUGAGGCAUAUGCUACAUUGGUGAGAAUAGAUGAAAUUGGACAUAUGAUAGCCACCGGUGUACCUGUUCCUGUACCUACAGAUGGCAGAUCUAGAUCGCCAUCUCCAGAACCUAUUUAUGAUUCCAACGGUCUAAGGAAGAAUACUAGAGAACAGAGGAUGAGGCAGAAGCUGGAUAGAGAAAGGAAUUUUUUAGUUGAGAGAAUGUUCCAGUUGGUUGAAGAUUACAAGGCGCCUGAUUGGUAUAAACCGAAACCAACGAAAAUUGUUGAGAAGCUAUACAUCAAGGCGGAUGAAUAUCCAGAGAUCAAUUUUGUAGGUUUGCUGCUUGGUCCAAGAGGAAAUACUUUGAACAAGCUACAGAAAGACUCGGGAGCAGUUAUUGGUAUCAGAGGCAAAGGAUCGGUGAAGCAGGUUAAUCGGGGGCCAUCAAAUAUUGAUAUGUCGCAUUUACAAGAAAAACUACACUGUUUAAUAACGGCAGAUAGCCAAGAAAAGGUUGACUUGGCAAAGAAACUAUGUCAGGAGGUUAUGGACAAGGCUAUAUUUUCGCCAGUUGGACAAAAUGAUUUGAAAAGGGACCAAUUGAGGGAAUUGGCCAAAUUGAACGGUACAUAUAGAGAAACGAGUGAAAGAAUGUGUCCGGUUUGUGGGAAUUCAGGACACGGCAGAAAUACAUGUCCACAAAAGCCAUCAUUCUCUAGUACUUUAAGAUGUGGAAAAUGUGGUAAUAUCGGACAUUUGGAGAAGGACUGUAUAUCCGAAGGAAAAGAAGGGGACGAGAUGGACCAAGAGUUUGAAGAGUUUAUGAAUGAUUUGAACGGUAAUAAUGAGGACCCUGGUGUCCACCAGACGAGUGGAAAUGCCGACAGUGUUGGGAAUGAGUCUAGGAUGGCUGAAGAACUAAGAAAAGGAGGAUCAUUGAAGCGGUCAUACUCACCUAGUAACCAUGGGACACCUCCUCUUAAACGCCAGUACAAUAGCAAUUACACUACCAAUUACGCUAGUAAUAACAAUAACUACAAUAACAAUAACUACAAUAACAAUAACUACAAUAACAAUAACUACAAUAACAAUAACUACAAUAACAAUAACUACAAUAAUAAUAACUACAAUAAUAAUAACUACAACAAUAAUAACUACAACAAUAAUAACUACAACAAUAAUAACUACAACGACAGCUACAACAACAAUUACAGCGGCCAGUACCAGCAUAACUAUAACCGUCAACACAACAGCCAACGGAACAACCAACUCAACAACCACUACCAGGGAACUGAAUAUAAGCAAGAUGGCUAUUAUCAGCAAUAUGACAGUCAUCCAAACCUUGGGUACAAUAAAUCGUACUAUGAAGGAAACCAUGAUUACUCUGAACGUCAUAGAGGCAAUAAUUCCUACCAGCCGGUACAGCAGCUUCAUGGUUCUCAACAGUUGCUUCCCCAGCCAUACACGAAGCCACCAGUGUAUCCGCCAAGUUUAAAAACUACAAACAGAGUUCCAUUGCCUUCGACAAAAGCAGUGGAUACAACAACCAGGUCGCAUGGUGUUUCUGUUCCUACGCCGCCGCCACCACCACCACCACAAGCACCGCAAGCACCUCAAUCAGUACCACCACAAGCACUACCGCCACCACCUCCUCCGCCACCUCCUGCAAAGAAGGCUCCUGGCAAAAAAACAACUCACCCUGCUCAGCAUCUGCCACCUCCACCGCCGCCACCACCUUUCAGAGGUAAAUCAUGA